AAGUGAGUGUGACGCGGCCCCGGCACGAGCAGGCUCCACCCUGCGCCCCGGACCAUGUGGUUCCCAUCGCUCCUGUUGCCGGGACUCGGAGUAGAGGAAGAAUAGAACAGCGCCGCAGCUCAGACGGAUGGGAUGGGUCUUCUGGGGGCGAGACGCUAGAUCACUUUGUGCCACUCAUAACGCCCCACAUGGGCAACUUGUCCCCCGCCGACACUCGCAUCAGCAGCGCCCGUUCGGAGUUGAACGCUGUCCGGGCGUCCAGUGCCCGCGCCUGACAGGUGCGCACAGUGCGCAGAUAGGAUGGGCAGACGCGAGGCGGACAGCAGAGGCGCAAUGAACUCCGGCGACCGCUCCGAGCUCGGCUGUCUGCAGGACGCGGCAUCCAGAGGCCACCGAGCCGGCGGGGAGUCUCCGAGGCUGGACCGCCGGCGCGCCUGCAGCGCGGAGCGGGUGCAGAGAAGCCCAGAGACGGGGCCGCUGGGCCGGGCAAUGACGGCCACGGCGCCCAUGGAGGUGAAGAAGCACCAGCACAAACACAACCUGAAACACCGCUACGAGGUGAUGGAGACCCUGGGGAAGGGCACCUACGGCAAAGUGAAGAGGGCGGUGGAGAGAACGAGUCUGAGGACGGUGGCAAUCAAGUCGAUCAGCAAGGAGCGCAUCACAGACGACCUGGACAAAAUCCACAUCCAGAGGGAGAUCGAGAUCACCUCCUCGCUCAGACACGCCCACAUCGUACGCGUCUACGAGGUGUUCGAGAGCCGGGAUAAGAUCGUGAUAGUGAUGGAGUAUGCCAGCAGAGGAGAGCUGUACGAUUACAUCCAGGAGAGGAGGAGACUGCCAGAGACAGAAGCCAGAAGCAUCUUCAGACAAAUCGCGUCUGCUGUCCACUACUGCCACAAGAACGGUGUGGUGCAUCGAGACCUCAAACUGGAGAACAUCCUUUUGGAUCAAGAUUUGAAUGUAAAGCUGGCUGACUUCGGCCUCUCCAAUCAUUUCCAGAGGGGCAGUCUGCUGCAGACCUACUGUGGAAGUCCACUGUACGCUGCUCCGGAGAUAGUGAAGGGACUGCCGUACCAGGGCCCAGAGGUGGACUGCUGGGCGCUGGGGGUGUUGCUCUACGCCCUGGUGUACAGCAGCAUGCCAUUCGAUGGGGCCAGUCACACCACGCUCACCGAGCAGAUAAGCCAGGGUCGCUAUCACAGACCCAACCCCCCCUCAGACGCCUGCGCCCUUAUCGACUGGCUGUUGACAGUGCGUGUGGAUGAGAGAGCCACGAUAGAGGAUGUAGCCAACCACUGGUGGGUGAACUGGGGUUAUGAAGAGAGUGUGUGUGACUGCCCUUCAUCUCCGCACCAAGAGUGUCCCUCCCCCCUGCUGGCUCGCUACAUCGACUGGCAGAAUCGGGUCGCCGCUGCCAGCAACAUGAAUGUUGACCCAGGGUGCCCGUCCUCAGACUCCUCCUGUCCAACUCAGCGCUCUAAUCACCCCUGUUACUUCAGCUUACCUCUGAAGAGUGACCGUGGAGGAGGAAGGGCCCGUGGGGGAAUUUCAAGCCUCAGGAAGUCACGCAAGGAGAAUGCAAUUCCCCAGACUGCACAGGGAGCAUGUGGUGGUGUUUGUGCAACAGCUGCCUCCACUGUUGGGGUUUCCUCCACUUCCACUAUUGAAAGGAAGAAGCCCAAAGGUAUUCUGAAACCCCAGAGGAGUUUUGACUCAGUCUUUCACAGCCCCCCUAAAGAAAACUCUCCCUCCCAAUUAUAUAUCACUUCUCCCCAGCCUUGUCGAACACAUGCUGAAGUCCUCUCAACCAGCCUGCCGCCCCCCUCAACAUUCAGUCAGCCCUCAUCUAAAAUGCCCAAGAAGGGGAUACUGAAGAACUUGUAUGGAGGGGAGUCGAGUUAUGGCUCUUCCUCAGAGAGCAGGGGCUCUGGGGCAGGAGUUAAAGAGAGCGAAGCAGGUGAUUUGUGCUCCUUCAAACAGCACAGUUGUCUCCCAGCAGCAGAUGAUAGUCCCACCAUGCGCACAGAGGCAGUAAGAAGGAGGAAGGGUAUUCUGAAACGUAACGGCAAGUUCUCUCGCAGUCUGGACCUUCCUGAUGACCACCACUCAUCGCCCUCUGCAGCCCCCGCGACGUUCCCCGAGGCGCUGCAGCAGCUCCUCCACGCCGCAGGGGGCGCCGAGGGCCGUCGUAGCCGCCCCUCCAGUGUGGUGAGCGAGGACAGCCUCUUCUCCUCUGAUUCCUUUGACUUGCUGGACCUCAGCACCCAGUCACGUCGCAGGGUUUUCUCCCGGGGGACGCAGCACAGCGCCUGCAGCUCUGAGGAGGACCUGGAGCAGCUGAGGCCGACGGGGUCGGUGAAGACAGAGGACAGAAGGAAAUGCUGACAUGAGCUGAAGAACAUAGUUCUUCUUCUGUGACAAUCAUUGCCUGCCAAAAGACUUAAUGAACUCUUACAUGAAGGUUGCAUCUUGAGUACGUGAACUCACCUGAUCCUUUUCCUGCCAAUGCAAAGCACCAUUUCUUGGCAAAUUUUUUUUAAUAUUGAAUGAUGAAAUAAGCCGUACAGGCAAUGCAGAGAGUUACAAGACAUUAAGCGACAUUCAAUAGGGAACCGAUAGCAGCUGAACUGCAGAGGUGGCACCUGAAUGUGGCAGAAUGAACAGAAUGACAGCCUGUGUCAUGAACUUGCUCUAAACCACACCUGCACAGCAAAUCCUCUUUUUAGAUUUUAGAGCAGAUCUGGGUUCAGAGGAGCCUUGGAAAUCUGAAUCUGGAUGCUGUAAUCUGGUCAAGUUAGCUCUGAGCUAAUGAGAAGUAUAACAAAAACUAAGUGCCAGCUUGAAUAUGUGAAUCAAUGUGUCGGUCUGUAGACAGCUCUAUUGUGAGCAGAAAUCCUGCUCAACUAUAUUGUUGUGAUAUUUCUAACAUCUAACUAACACUUUACCCUGUUUAGCAUUUGUGAGCACCACGUAAACAUUUAAUAACUAGUUUUAAACUCACUGAGAUGCAGUAGUUUGCAGAUACAGUAUCAGGACAUUUUAAUUGUUUCUCAACGUAUAGUACAUGUGAACAAUUAUAUCUGAUAUUGUCAUUCAUCAUCUGUGUGUACACCAGGCACCACUGAUAGGUGCCCACAAGAGGAGUUAGAGUCGCUCUUCACAGACACUUAUAUCUGCGCACAGGUACAUUUGAGUGUUUGAAUAAACCAUUCGUCAAAUGUUUAUAUCCUGCCGCUUUAUUCUCUCCAAGUGAGGAAAUGGAAUAUUUACAGUUCCCAUAAUGCAGAUGAAAAUCAUUUACAUUUUUUAAAGAAUGUAAAGAUCCAAUCAUCACUAAAGCGUAUGCCAUGCAAGAGAGACAAAAAAAACAAACGCAAAUGGUUAUUGCCUAUAUUGCUUAAUGCCACUGUUAUUACAACCACUACAUCCAUUGUGUUGUCUAAUAUAACUUGGCUAUGUUCGGCUGACAGUCAUGUGAUAUCCAUGAAGUCAGUGUAACAUUGUGUGAUCAGCAAUUGUGUGUGAAACUGCCACUGUAGGAGCAGUGGCUGGAUAAACUUUGAAACAGGCCACAACACAAGCGUGCACCCAUCGCAGGUGCGCUCUGGUAUUUAAACAAGUACCACUAAACUCCUUUAUACUGCCUAUAAAUAUUCAGUAGGAGCGGUUGAAGCACAGUGUUACCUAUUUCACUUUGUUAUUGAGUAUAUUUAUAUAUUAUAUUGUGCACAAUUUGCUCCUUUGCACCAACAGGCAAAGUUUCAAUUGCAGGUGGAUGACUCGUUUUCUACCGUGACCCCACCAACGCGGCUGUGGCUACGUUAACACAGUAGAUGUAUGCAAUUAUUACAAACCUGUAAUUUUAAGACUACAAGAAAACAACUCUGUUCCUUUUGUGUUCAUUUUUUCCUUUUUUUCCUUUUUUUUUUGAAAAGCCAAUAAAUUAUGUGAAUCUUAACA